CAAUUGUGUAUACUAUGUCUAUAACCCUUUUCCCCCAAAUCAACGCCCAACCGGUGCUGACGUUACACGCUUUCCCUCUUUUCCUUUCUCUCUCUCAUUCUCCUUUAGAUCUUAACUUUCAUCUUCCUCUUCUUCUCUGAGGGAUAGGUUUUGUUGCGAUUGUUGUUUGCUUCGAUGGCUGCUCCACCUGCUAGAGCUCGCGCUGAUUACGAUUACCUAAUUAAACUUCUUCUCAUCGGUGAUAGCGGUGUGGGUAAAAGUUGUCUUCUAUUGCGUUUCUCUGAUGGGUCUUUUACAACUAGUUUUAUCACGACCAUUGGUAUUGAUUUCAAAAUAAGGACCAUUGAGCUUGAUGGCAAGCGAAUCAAAUUGCAAAUAUGGGAUACAGCUGGUCAAGAGCGAUUCCGAACUAUCACAACUGCAUACUACCGUGGAGCCAUGGGUAUUUUGCUUGUAUAUGAUGUUACCGACGAGUCUUCGUUUAACAAUAUCAGGAAUUGGAUUCGUAACAUUGAGCAGCAUGCUUCUGACAAUGUUAACAAGAUACUGGUGGGCAACAAAGCUGACAUGGAUGAAAGCAAACGGGCUGUGCCAACUUCUAAGGGUCAAGCGCUUGCAGAUGAAUAUGGUAUCAAGUUUUUUGAGACUAGUGCAAAAACAAAUCUGAAUGUGGAGGAGGUUUUCUUUUCAAUAGCUCGGGACAUCAAGCAAAGACUUGCAGACACUGACUCAAAAUCCGAGCCCCAGACAAUCAAGAUCAACCAACCGGACCAGGGAUCAGGCGCUGCUCCAGCCCAAAAAUCUGCUUGCUGUGGUUGAGGCCAUACAUUUGACUGAGAAAUUUAAUUUUGUCAAUGACUCUGUCAUUAGUGCCAGUAUGAUUCAUAUUAUUUUACAGUUGCUACUCGUUGGGUGUGAAUGGUAGAUUUUCCCUAUGUUGGGAAAUUAAUUAUGUCAAUUUGUUGUUUGCUAAAACUCACUGUCUUUCGGGAGCUUGGUCAUGCAUAUCAUGCCUUUCCUGAAACCAAGAUGGCACAAAGCACACAGACCGUACCUGGCUUAUGUUCAUGGUUUGGUUCACAUUUACUGUACUCCCCAAUUUCUGAAUAUUUGCGUGACUAUGAAUCAAACCUACGUUAUGCCAGA